AUCAGCCUUUCUUAUUUAUCAAAGCCGCUUUAAAGAUGCGUACAUUUUCUCUCAUCACAUCUGCCACCGUUCUGCUCUGCGCGAGCGCCGCAACUGAGAACCUCCGCGGUUCGGAACGAUCCCUUUAUGUCGCCACUUAUGGAGGCAAUGCUUUCAUGGGUAACUACCCCAUUGACGCUUGUUUUCACUUCGAGCGGUACCCUGAAGCUAAAUUCUGGGAUUGCGAUGGGAAAGCCGCCGCUGAUUUCUUCUGCCACAAGGAGGGUUAUGCGCGCUCCGUCGGAUUCGAUCUGACCAAUUUUCGUGGCCUGAAACUCGCUUCCUCCCUUGUCGUUGGCUCGGAUAAGGUCGUGGAGGCGGCGCUUCACGAGCCUGAGCAGAAGGUCAUCACCAACGUGCAAUGCGCCCAAGAGUAAACGAAGCCCCGCUGGUAAGACGGCGGCUACGGGCAAGGAGAAGACGGGGAAUUGAGAAUUUAAUGUGAUGUGAGCAGGACGACUCUUUAAAUGGGUAUAAAGGAUGGAGGGGAUAAAAAAUACGUAAAUGAAGCGUGCUGUGAACGCGGGCGCUUCGAGAAUGGUAAGCAAAUGAUGUGGGCGACGCACAUAGAGCUGUGCUCCGUUUGGAGAACGUUCAUUUUCGGAGAAGGGUGUGUUUAUGGGUCUGUAUAUGGGGGUUCACAUUUGUGUGACUAAAAUUAAGGCCGAGCAUGACAGACCUUUGGCUCAGCUGGUUGAGAGGCAAAGGAGGCAAGCUCUGUCGCCUCAAUAGUACCCCUACUCGGUGACGCACGCACUGGAGAAGUGGCAGAGAUUCCAGUGAUAACUGGUGCCCUCUGCCAUCUUUUUAGCAUGAUGACACCAUCUCAUUGAAACCAGGGUGGCAACAUGGCGUUUCAGACUAUUUGGGCAGUGGAAAGAACCCAACAAAUCAAGUGUGCGAAAAAGUAUCUUGCAGAGUGUGGGGAGGAUGGAUCUGAGGAAUUUUUCAAAUCUUGCAUUUUUCAGACUCGACACAACCCGUUAGAAGACGGGCUGCAUGUCAGGGGGUUACUGAAGGGUUUAUCAAAAUUAUAAUCGUUUUCGGGUAUAAAA